AUGAAUGCUUUCAAGGCUUUUAAAGCCAGUGUCCCAAUUGCAUGGAGCCCUAAUCUAUAUAUAACUUUGGUAAGGGGAAUCCCAGGAACCAGGAGACUUCACAGGCGUACUUUAGAGGCAUUACGUCUCCGCAAGUGUAACCGAACUGUUAUGCGAUGGAACACUCCUACAGUUAGGGGAAUGCUCCAACAGGUUAAGAGAUUGGUCGUGAUUGAGACAGAAGAGAUGUAUAAGGCCCGCAAACAAAAUUUGGAAAACCACCGAGCUCUACGUCCCCCUUUGGUCAUAAAUCACCUACCUGCUUCUGCAAGUGGUUCUUCUUCAUAG